UGCCGCUUGACGGAAGUAAAGAUCACAUGACCAAUAUUUGGCGCGUUAUCCCGUGCCACUGUCUAUUUACAUUGGUUUUUGUUUAUUCUGAAUUUCAAUAAUAACAAUGGCUCCCAAGGAUUAUGUUGCGGAAAAAGGAAAAAUAACCACAUUUUUAAAGGAGUACUAUAAAGAUAAUGACAAUGGAGGAAAGGACUUUGUCUAUGCAGAUCAGUUAACAAAUAUAGCUCACAGAGAGCAAAUAGCAUUAACCAUCAAUAUAGAUGAUGUUGCAGACUUUGACCCGGACCUGGGUGAGUCUAUUGUGGAAAAUGCUAGACGAUAUGUUCAUAUAUUUGGGGAUGCUGUUCAUGAAUUGCUACCAGAAUAUAAAAGAAAGGAGGUUCAAAACAAAGAUGCUCUAGAUGUCUAUAUUGAACAUAGGCUGCUCAUGGAGCAAAAGAAUCACCCAAAGGAGUCAGAUGCCACAAGAGAUCCCAGAACAAGAUAUCCACCAGAACUAAUCAGAAGAUAUGAAAUAUUUUUUAAAGCUCCGUCUGCUCAGAAGUUUGCCUCCAUCAGAGAAAUAAAAGCUAGUUCUAUAGGUAAACUGGUCUCUGUAAAAGGCAUUGUGACUAGGACAACCGAGGUUAAGCCAAUGAUGGUGGUAGCUACAUACACAUGUGACACCUGUGGUAAUGAAACAUAUCAACCAAUCAGCAGUACUGCUUUCAUGCCACUUUUAAUGUGCCCAAGUCAAGUCUGUACUACUAACAGAUCAGGAGGUAGACUUUACUUACAGACUAGAGGCUCUAAAUUUGUGAAAUUUCAAGAAGUCAAAAUCCAAGAGCAUAGUGAUCAAGUUCCUGUUGGCAAUAUUCCCAGAGCAAUGACCAUUUACUGUAGAGGGGAGACAACAAGAAAGUGUCAGCCUGGAGAUCAUGUUAGCGUGACAGGAAUAUUCCUACCUCUUAUGCGUGAAGGCUUCCAACAGAUAGUACAGGGACUGAUGUCUGAUACAUUUCUUGAGGCUCAUAGAAUUGUACAAAUGAAUAAAACUGAAGAUGAUUUAAAUGAUGUUCAAGAGUUGACACCAGAAGAAUUGAAACUUGUGGCUGAGGAUGAUUUUUAUGACAAACUGGCAAGUAGCAUCGCCCCAGAAAUUUAUGGUCACUCUGAUGUUAAAAAAGCUCUUCUGUUAUUGUUGGUGGGUGGAGUUGACAAGUCCCCAAGAGGCAUGAAAAUAAGAGGAAACAUCAAUAUUUGUCUCAUGGGAGAUCCUGGUGUUGCCAAGUCACAGUUACUGUCUUACAUUGAUAGAUUAGCUCAUCGCAGUCAGUACACUACUGGUAGAGGUUCCUCUGGUGUUGGGUUGACAGCUUCUGUCAUGAAAGAUCCAAUCACUGGUGAAAUGAUGCUUGAAGGAGGUGCGUUGGUAUUAGCAGAUGAAGGUGUUUGCUGCAUUGACGAGUUUGAUAAGAUGAUGGACACAGACAGGACAGCUAUACAUGAAGUUAUGGAGCAGCAAACCAUCUCCAUUGCCAAAGCUGGUAUUAUGACAAGUCUUAAUGCUAGGGUGUCAAUUUUGGCAGCUGCUAAUCCAGCUUAUGGGCGGUAUAAUCCACGAAAGUCUGUGGAGCAAAACAUUCAACUUCCUGCAGCUUUGCUGUCAAGGUUUGACCUUCUUUGGUUGAUUCAAGACAAACCAGAGAGGGAUAAUGAUCUCAGGCUUGCUCAACACAUCACAUAUGUCCACCAACACAAUGUGCAUCCACCUCUUACCUUCCAGCCACUAGAUAUGAAACUGAUGAGACGUUACAUUAGUUUGUGCAAAUCAAGAAGUCCCACUGUGCCUGAGUCGCUGGCUGAUUACAUCACUGGAGCAUAUGUUGAAAUGAGGAAGGAAGCUCGGAAUAACAAAGAUAUGACCUUUACCUCCGCACGUACACUUUUGGCCAUCUUGCGUUUGUCAACUGCCCUUGCCAGGCUUCGACUUGCUGACACAGUUGAGAAAGAAGAUGUCAAUGAGGCCAUGAGGCUGAUGGAAAUGUCCAGAGAUUCACUAAAUAGCACACAUGAUACACACUCUAAGAGUAUAAAUCCAACUGAUCAGAUCUACCAGAUCAUCAGAGAGAUGGUUCCCACAUCAGGAGUCAGGUCUGUCAAGAUCUCAGACAUCCUUGAGACCUGUACAAACAAAGGCUACAAGCCAGACAGGAUCCAUGUUUGUAUUGAAGAGUAUGAGGACCUUAAUGUAUGGCAAGUGAACAAUGCCAGAACGAGGCUGACUUUCAUUUAGUUAUGAUGUUGCCAACUUGACCACUUGAAAUUUACUUUGAAAUUUGUUAGUGUACUGGUUUGUACUUAUUUAUGUUCAUUCAUCUUGUGUUCAAAUUUAGUAUGAUACUUUGUUCCCACAAUGUUGGUGACUCAGUUUAUUGUACCAACACUCAUUCUAGUUAAACUUCUUGAUGUGAAAUAAAGGAAAAAAAUCUACAUUAAUAAGAUCCAACUAGUUUUUUUAUAUUAGCUCUUUGUUUUAUAACUAGUUGCAUUUGAAUAAAUGUUUUAAGUGUUCUCUCA